AUGUCUGCCUAUGCUCCGCCAGGCUCCAUGGCUUGGUCAGUUCCUCAGUAUCCAGCAGCCAUGCCGGCACAGUCAAUGCCGACUCCACCACUGAAGUUCUUCAUCGAGCGCAAUGACGGUUCUCUCGUUCCUCUGGUACCUGUCGACGAACUUCCCGAUGAUGUUCGCUUGCUUGGUGUGCCUUCGACUUUGGAUGCUUCGCAAGUCAAGGGUAUGCUGUUCCUCGGACGCGAACCGUCUGCCAGAAUCAAGUUUUCGCAUGCCAGAUCUAGGAGCAUCAGAGAGUCAGAGGCUUCUUCCCUGCACAUGCAUACACAGCCUCUUCCCGCACCCACCUAUGUAUCGGUCCCGACUGCAACUGCCAAGUCACUCAACUCGUCUAAGCCAGGACCCUACAAUGUGCGCCCUGUUGCACCCUCCGGAAUAGAGCCUGAUCAGAGAAAGAAGAUCUACUGCACUUACUGGAUCCAGAACCAAGGUCAAUGUGCCUUUACACAGCAAGGUUGCAUAUACAAACAUGAGAUGCCAGAGGACAAGGAAACUCUCGAAUCAAUCGGUUUGAAGUCGGUACCUGCCUGGUGGCGCAAAGAGCAAGCACGCAAGAAGUCGAAGGCCAAACGCACCGAACGCAACGGCUCGAUCUCGGAGUGGGAAGUUGUUGAACGUCACCAGACAGAGAACUCUGUUGUUCAUAGCGGCAGUUCUGUCCACGUUCGCGCUCCAUCUUUACGUCCUGCUAGCACUCCAAUCACCAAGCAGGUUGUGCAUCAGUACCGUUCAGAACCGACUGCACAGAAGGACGCUUCCUCGUCUGACAUUGCAUCUGAUGCCGCUACUGCUGGCAGUUCAGCUCCAGCACUAUCUCCUCCUGGUGGUGUCAAGUUGGGUGCAGCCAAGACUCCUGUGCGCGGCCCACCAUCUCUACCUUUCAGGAAGCAAACUGUUGAUUCGCCCAUUGAAGACGGAGACGAAGAGGAUCUCAUCGAUUUUGACGUUCUUGUACCAUUGUCGUCACCGGGCAUCUCUUCACUCUCUCAGGCCAGUCCUGAAGCGCUUGCUGGCCCUCAAUCGAAGGCCGAUGUGGUUUCUAGACGCUCAAAAGUCGUUACGAAGGGCGGUGUUUCCAUGUCUCCAGGCACAGGUACUCGCUCGAGUAACAAAGGCUCCAACCGACGCGGUUCUGCAGAGAACAAGAUCGUGUCGCCUAUGAGACAGCGCAACACCGCCAAGGGCAAGGUUGAGACGGGCAUAGAGAAGGUUGAGCAUGGCAGUGGCGUUUCGAGAAGAGGCAGAGUCAAGACGAAGGCGGUUGCAGAGGUCGCAGCCAAGGCUACAGGCGAGAUCGACACGCAGUCAGACGGUGAGGCUUGA